UGAGAAGAGGAAGGAAGUUGGUCCUCGGCUUCGAAGCGUCUGUUGUUACCAUGGUUACAGUUACACUGAGCGUUGCGAGGGCUUUGCUAGCUUUGCCAGUGCUGCUAUAGGUUUAGCAUUCCGAACCGCUGCGUUAACUGUGUAAAUAAACGAAGAGUUUCAGGUCGGAGCUGCCUCCUUCUGUACUGAUCUGUUGUCCUACAUCAUGUAACAUCUCAGUCAGAAAGGGCCAAGGGCAUCUUUUGCUUCAGCAAAGCAACACACGCAUCAAAACAUUCUCCACUGAGUCUGUGAAGGAAAACACAAAGAAGAAUUCUGCUCGUAAACGCGAGAAUAGCCAGGCUCUGUCCAUAUUAAGCUCCCCAAAGGUCAACAGUGCACAUGGCACGUGUGGGUGAGACACAGCCAGCUGAUGAAGUUGGAAAUCUUAUACGAGAGGUCGUGGCUCAAACUGUGAAUCUGCACUCAGACUCUCAACCUCUGGACUGCCCUGGGAUUCGGUUUGAUGACCAAGGAAUGAUUGUACCGCACAGCAUCCUGGGUGAUUUAGAGGAUUUUAGGAAGUUUCUGGAGGCCAAAGGAGAGACAGAGUUAUUGAAACGAAUACCAGCUUCCCAGACAAAUCCAGAGAAAGCGUUCGAAGCUGCAGUGAGAAAUCACACUGAGAGAGUGAUGAGAGGGGUCCCAUCAGCGCAUAGGAACACCCAGAGCAAUGCUCUGCACCACUGGCACACACAUAUGGGGCAACGCAGAAGGCAGCAGGCCCACUUAUCUGACAGGCUCAACAGGCCAGUGGAAAACUUACUGAUGAACCAAGAUAUCCAUUUCAGAGAAACGCAGGAGCAGAAGGAAUUUCUGAGUCAAGCCAUGCCAGACAUCCACUCUGGAUAUGGCUACCGUGUAGGCAGUGAGUUCUGGAGUCUCCCCCAGCGCUAUGGAGAUGACAUCAGUGGUAUCACAGCCACCCUGACUCAGACAGAGCAGGGUAGACGUGGACCUGUGACACAUGUGGGCCAACCCAGAAGCAUACGGCAGGAAUCAGGAAUCAUGAGUGCUGAGUCAACAACUUUUCCACACUGGAACUGGAGUGACCACCUGCUGCAGCAGUGCCAGGAAUUACAACACACGGACAUGAAAAAGCCGGACAUCAGUGGACUGGAGGUGAUUGGCUGUGGGAGACCAUUAGCUGCUGUCACAGUGGGCCCCAGCCCCGUAGUGGAAACGCAGACGGAGGAGCACAGCGAAAUGAAAAAGGAGAACCUUGAUAACCUGGCACAGGCUGACGAUGCUGUGUCGGAUACUUUGAACAUUCCUGUUUUGAGAUUCUGUGGUCAACUUGCUAGUUGGACCGGGAGCUCUAGCUCUAACCAGAAGGAGGUGGGAAUUAGUACUACAAUAAACUUUGAAGUUGUAACUGGAAAAAUAGCCUCAGCUCACCUGGAGCUGCAGAAUGUGGGCAGCACAGCCAUCUUCUACAGCUGGCAGCAGAUCCACAUACCAAGCAGCUUUCCCCAUCUUCAACUUCAAUCACGGCGGAAGGAGAAUUGCUUCUACUUUAACACUUCCCCUAAUGUGAUCCUUCCAGGUGCCACCCGGCAUGUUGAAUUUCUAUUUAAGUCAGAGUUGGCAGGCGUUAAAACUGAGCUGUGGCAGCUUAAUACCCACCCUGUGCUGCUCCAAGGAGCCGCCAUGCAGGUCAAACUGAAAGGAUAUGCUCUGCAUCAGGACAGAACCGCAGACCAGAGGCUUCAUUUACAGAUGAUGCUGGAAAAGAAAGUGACCCAAAAAAUGUGUCGGUCGAUUAUGUACGAGAUGCUGCAGGGGGUCCAAACCCCAGAGAGACCCAGCUCCCCCGCAGAGCUGUACAUAACCGAAGAGGAAGAGUUUGCAAGAAAAAACCCAAAGUGGCAGUACUGUGAUAAGGCAGUGGGGCAGCUAAAGACACUGUGGCUUGAAGUUAAUCCAGGACACACCUGGGAUCUCUCUGUUGACACCUUACUCCAGGCCAUCCUGUCUCUGCCCCUACAACAGUCAGCUCAGGACACAAUAAUCAGAGAACAAGGUCUGAGCCGGCUUAACUCCCUGCUCCUACAGCUGUGUGAACCUUCUCACAUGAAACACAACCAUCGAACACCAGAAAUAUUAUUGAACCAGCUGUGGAGGGACCUGCUGGACGCGAUGGCUGAUGAGGCCACGCAGCUGCGGCGCCUGCUGGGACUCCCUGUGAAUGAAACAUGGAUCGAUAAAAAGGAUGAAACCCUCGACAGCGAUGCUGAUGUGGCUGACGUCAGAAACAAAGAUGAGAAGCGCGAUAAAAAGGCGGGAGCAGCUGCCAAGGAGGAGAGGAACGGGAUGAAGUCUCGAUUAAAAGAUGAUAACAAGGGAGAAGCCAAGUUAGCAGCCACUGAGAAGUUAGUGGAGAAGAAGAGGAAAGGAGAAAAAAGGGAUGAUGUUGGGAGAGGCAAGGCAAAGCAAAACCAAGGGAAGGAGCCUGGUGUGGCACCUGAAACCCUCCCAGGGUCCACGAGACGGGAGGCGCCUCAGGAGCAAAAUGUAGAUCUGGCAAGAAUCAGCAUUUACAAAACCUUCCUGCACAAAAAGGUUUAUGCUCUGAUGGAAGACCUGGUGGACACUUUCUGUGACUUGAUGGAUGAAGAACACGAGCAGGACACACUAUUGCAGUACAUCCAGAAUAAUAGCUACAUAAUUAAUAAUAGCUAGAAAAAUACAGUAGCAAUACUUUAAACUUUGUCUUUCAGCUAACUGUUUAUCAGUCGUUCACCUCCUGCUGUUAGAUAUUUUUCAGUUUCUUUUCAUAUGACUUCAUUUGAUUUUCAUGUCUACAUUGAUGCAGCAUGUUACAUUAUUCUGAAAUAAAAUUCAGAAUGGAUGUGCUUUAAUACUGA